UGGGUCCCACCACACCGCCACCCUCUCCGGGGUCCCGGACGCCCCUAGCCUGCCCCCUUCGCCCCCAUUCCCACCGGCUUUUGACUCCUUGCCCGCCGCAGCCAUGUCCAACAACAUGGCCAAGAUCGCGGAAGCCCGCAAGGCGGUGGAGCAGCUGAAGCUGGAAGUGAACAUCGACCGCAUGAAGGUGUCGCAGGCGGCGGCCGAGCUGCUGGCCUUCUGCGAGACGCACGCGAAAGACGACCCGCUGGUAACGCCGGUCCCCGCCGCCGAGAACCCGUUCCGCGACAAGCGCCUCUUUUGCGUCCUGCUCUGAGCCUUCCCGACGGCUGGCCCUGCUUUGCCAAAGUUUGAAUCCAAUAAACGUGGUGAUGGUGGUACCUGAGGCCUCGCUGAGCUUGGGCCCCCCGCGGGGAAAUCUGAUCCCGUCUCACAUCCGGAGUGCGGGGUGGGGGUGAGGGUGCGGAGGGCGCCUCGGAGGAAAUGAGCCUCCUCUACCCCCGAAUUUAUUUAA